CACAAGGCCACCCUUAGUCGCGCGUCUUUUCUGUAGUGCUCUGGUAGUAGAUUUGCAAAUCAACACGUGUUGGAACUUGGAGUGGAUGGAUAGUACAUUUUAAUUAAAUUACUUUUUUUGAAUUCGAGAUUUUAGGAAAUCAUUAAAAUUGAUAUACAUUGACAAUUUAAAAUCAAUCAAGUCCAAAUAUUUACCAUUUGACCGCGGUGCACCAUUUCUUUUUGGUGAGUUCAAAAACAUGCUUUGUGAACAUUACUACAGCCCUGAGGUAGCCUAGCCUGUUGUUAGCUCAAUUGACGCGAUGGAGUCAAUUGAUGAUGAUGGCAUCCUCGGGCUAGGUGACCUUGGAGUCAGCAUUUUAUAUAUUCCUUGUACUGUAUUAUGACAGGUUUGGGCGCGUGGUACAUCGAUGCAUUGUCCUAGGUUAGGAUUCAGUUUAGCUAGCUAGCCGGCUAGUGUGGCUCAAAGUUACUGAUAAUGGGAUAGGAUAGCAAGCUAACUGUGCUGUAGAUAGCUAACGUUACGUUAUAUGUUGCAAGACCUGUACCACUAUUAGGGAACUCGUGUUACAACUUUGGCACGUGGGCUAACUGCGAUAUUUAUUAACGAACUCAAUUGUUGUACAUUGUUGCAUUUACUUGGUUGUUGUAACCACUGAGUAGCUAGAUUUCCUAUUUAAAAGAAUUAGAAAAAAGUAACGAUGAUCCCUUAGAUGCGCGCGCCCUCUUUGUCCUUUAUUUCUCUGAGCGAUGUAGCCACCACACAGGUACUGUACCACAUAGUUUCUCAUACUGUACCGUCUUUGCAUGUACUGUACCACCGUGCACCUUGUCAGUGAUAAAGCUGACAGAACGAUAGAAAUCAGCAAGCCCCCCCAAUCCCGAGGGGAAGGAAUGUUGAUUACAAAAUACUCUAGAGCAAUUUUUUCACCAUCUGAGGGGUUGACUUGCCUGGUUGAGCCACACUAAAGUAAAAAGACAGGGCUAAAGUUCCUUGCUCAAGGGCACAACGGCAGGAGAUGGCAUCUAGGUGUAGGAUACCUAGAAUCCUCCCAGUCGGACUUGGGAUUUGAACAGGAACAUUUCCAGUUGCUGGCGCACCUCUCCAACUUCUAGGCUACCUGCCGCCUCAAGUAGCUACUAUAACCAAUUAACUACAGUAUUGUACAUUGAUCAAUUAUCCGUAUUAUUGUGUCCUACCCAGUGCCACAAUGAAGUACAUCCUGGUCACUGGUGGUGUCAUCUCAGGCAUCGGGAAGGGCAUCAUCGCAUCCAGCAUGGGAACCAUCCUCAAGUCAUGUGGUCUGCGUGUCACCGCCAUCAAGAUUGACCCCUACAUCAACAUAGAUGCAGGGACCUUCUCUCCGUACGAGCAUGGUGAGUUAAGGAGAUGUUCUUUAUCAUAGAAAUAGUGAGUUCUAUGAAAAUGUAAUUCGAUUUCUAUGUUCUGUAUCCCAUCAGUUUGAGAUAUGUCUUAUGUGUAUGCGGUGUAACUUGGUUCACAAAAUAGUUUUAUGCCAUGCAUGAUCUACACCAGUGCUUCUCAACGGUGAGUCCAGGGUCAUGAAACAGAAGAAAAUGCUAACUAACUAUUAUAGGUUGAUACUACACUGGCAAUGAUAUUAUAGGCUUUUGACUCUGUCAAUCACCACAUUCUUAUUGGCAGACUAAAUAACCUUGGUUUCUCAAAUGACUGCCUCGCCUGGUUCACCAACUACUUCUCAGAUGGAGUUCAAUGUGUCAAAUCGGAGGGCCUGUUGUCUGGACCUCUGGCAGUCUCUAUGGGGGUGCCACAGGGUUCAAUUCUCGGGCCGACUCUAUUCUCUGUGUAUAUCAAUGAUGUCGCUCUUGCUGCUGGUGACUCUCAGAUCCACCUCUACGCAGAUGACACCAUUUUAUAUACAUCUGGCCCUUCAUUGGACACUGUGUUAACAAACCUCCAAACGAGCUUCAAUGCCAUGCAACACUCCUUCCGUAGCCUCCAACUGCUCUUAAACGCUAGUAAACCUAAAUGCAUGCUCUUCAAUCAAACGCUGCUUGCACCCGCCUGCCCGACUAGAAUCACUACUCUCAGUGGGUCUGACUUAGAAUAUGUGGACAACUAUAAAUACCUAGGUGUCUGGUUAGACCGUAAACUCUCCUUCCAGACUCACAUUAAGCAUCUCCAAUCCAAAGUUAAAUCUAGAAUCGGCUUCCUAUUUCGCAACAAAGCCUCCUUCACUCAUGCCCUCGUAAAACUGACUAUCCUACCGAUUCUUGACUUACAUUUACAUUUUAGUCAUUUAGCAGACGCUCUUAUCCAGAGCGACUUACAGUUAGUGAGUGCAUACAUAAUUUUUUUAUUUUUCAUACCCCCGUGGGAAUCGAACCCACAACCCUGGCGUUGCAAACGCCAUGCUCUACCAACUGAGCUACAUCCAUGCAGGCCAUUCCCUCCCCUACCCUAGACGACGCUGGGCCAAUUGUGCGCCGCCCCAUGGGUCUCCCGGUCACGGCCGGCUACAACAGAGCCUGGAUUCGAACCAGGAUCUCUAGUGGCACAGCUAGCACUGCGAUGCAGUGCCUUAGACCACUGCGCCACUUGCGAUGCCAUUUACAAAAUAGCCUCCAACACUCUACUCAGCAAAUUGGAUGUAGUAUAUCACAGUGCCAUCUGUUUUGUCACCAAAGCCCCAUAUACUACCCACCAUUGUGACCUGUACGCUCUCGUUGGCUGGCCCUCACUACAUAUUCAUUGCCAAACCCACUGGCUCCAGGUCAUCUAUAAAUCACUGCUAGGCAAAUCCCCGCCUUAUCUUAGCUCAUUGGUCACCAUAGCAACACCCACCCGUAGUAUGUGCUCCAGCAGGUAUAUCUCACUGGUCAUCCCCAAAGCCAACACUUCCUUUGGCCGCCAUUCCUUCCAGUUCUCUGCUGCUAAUGACUGGAACGAACUGCAAAAAUCUCUGAAGCUGGAGACUCUUAUCUCCCUCACUAACUUUAAGCAUCAGUUGUCAGAGCAGCUUACCGAUCACUGCAGCUGUACACACCCCAUCUGUAAUUAGCCCACCCAACUACCUCAUCCCCAUAUUGUUAUUUAUUUUGCUCAUUUGCACCCCAGUAUCUCUAUUUGCACAUCUUCUUCUGCACAUCUAUCACUCCAGUGUUAAUACUAAAUUGUAAUUAUUUUGCACUAUGGCCUAUUUAUUGCCUUGCCUCCAUAACUUACCACAUUUGCACACACUGUAUAUAGAUUUUCUAUUGUGUUAUUGACUCUGUUUUGUUUUAUCCCAUGUGUAACUCUGUUGUUGUUUUUAUCGCACUGCUUUUCUUUGUCUUGGCCAGGUCGCAGUUGUAAAUGAGAACUUGUUCACAACUGGUUUACCUGGUUAAAUAAAGGUGAAUAAAAUAAAUAAAAAAAGUCUGAGAGCCGUAAUUCUCAUAUGCCAUGAUGAGGCCUCCCAAGUACUAUUCUCUGUUUGUUAUGGAAUUACUUUCUACACAGUUAUCAGAAUCAUAAAAUGUUAUUGCCAUACAAUAAAUGUUACUAGGAAUGUGUCUUGGUGUCCUGUGUAUACAGAAGGGUACCUCAACAUCAAUAGUCUAGAUCCCGUGUAGCUCAGUUGGUAGAGCAUGGCGCUUGCAACGCCAGGGUUGUGGGUUCGAUUCCCACGGGAGGCCAGUAUGAAAAAAAAAAAUAAUGAAGGAAAAUGUAUGCACUCACUAACUGUAAGUCGCUCUGGAUAAGAGCGUCUGCUAAAUGACUAAAAUGUAAAAAAAAUCCCUCAAAUUUAACUCCGGACCUCGAAGCCAGUUCCACUGCAUUUUUUUCUUUGUUCCCCUCUAAUCAGGGACUGAUUAGACCUGGGAAACCAGGUGGGUGCAAUUAAUUAUCAGGUGGAACAGAAAACCAGCAGGCUCUGGACCUCUGGAAGAGUUUAAUACCCCUGGUUUAGAUCAACAUCGAUACAGAUGGAGACGUGAACAUCCAUUCAAAUAUACAGAAUCAUGUCCCUCUCUCUGUGUCUACGUAUGAAAAAUGUAUGCACUCACUAACUGUAAGUCGCUCUGGAUAAGAGCGUCUGCUAAAUGACUCAAAUGUAAAUGUAAUGUUUGCGUGUUGGCUAGGGUUUUAACCAUGCCACUCGACUUCUUUCAGGUGAGGUUGUUUUAACCCUGUUCCUCUGGUCUCCCUCCAGGUGAGGUGUUUGUGCUGGACGAUGGGGGUGAGGUGGAUCUGGACCUGGGGAACUACGAGAGGUUCCUGGACAUCAGACUGACCAAAGACAACAACCUGACCACAGGCAAAAUCUACCAGUCUGUCAUCAACAAGGAGAGGAGAGGAGACUACCUGGGAAAGACCGUACAGGGUAAGACUCCCUAUAAGACGGUGCGGGAUAAGGGCUUGGAUGACUGGUAGAAACAGUAUAUACAAGGGUUAGAGGAAGAGCUACCAGUCUGUCAUCAACAGGAAGAGGAGACUACCUGGGAAAGACUAUACAGGGUAAAACAUAGUCAUGCUGGGAGAGAGACUGGGUAUACAGGAGCAGACCCUUGUUGAAUACUUGAUGUGCAUUUGAUUUAGCUUGUGUGACAUGGCAGUUCUGACCUCAGUCCGAUAUCCUACGAAGAACCAAUGAUAAAGAGGAAGGAUAUGAGCUAUCAAGUUCUCUUGUCAUUUUCUCUACUUCUCCAGACUAACUGUCCCUGUUUGGUGUGUCCUUGCAGUGGUGCCCCACAUCACUGAUGCCAUCCAGGAGUGGGUGAUGCGUCAGGCCAGAGUACCUGUUGACGAUGACGGUGUGGAGCCUCAGAUCUGUGUCAUCGAGGUAAGAGAUUAUGGGUAUGGUAAACAAUGGUAGAUCAAUGACUUCCAGAGAACGUUGCUUGGUUUGAUAUUAGUGUGACAUGUACUUGAGGAGUAAUUUCAGGCUGGGUAGACUAGUUGUAUUCCUGUGUAAUGUAUUUACCGGUAUGUCUGUUUAUGUGUACAGCUAGGAGGCACUGUGGGAGACAUCGAGAGCAUGCCUUUCAUCGAAGCCUUCAGGCAGUUCCAGUUCAAGGUGAAGAGAGAGAACUUCUGUAACAUCCACGUCAGCCUGGUACCACAGCCCAGUGCCACAGGAGAGCAGAAGACCAAACCCACUCAGAACAGUGUCAGAGAGCUCAGAGGACUGGGCCUGUCUCCUGAUCUGGUGAGUUAAAAUUAACCCAAGUUUUUCUAAGCAUAGCAAGUUAUGACAGUCAUAACCACUUUUCUGUACAUUUAGUGCAAGGAUUGUCUUGUUUGCUAAUUGUGUUUGUGUUCUCAAUACCCUCCAGAUCAUGUGUCGCUGCUCCACUCCCCUGGAGAACUCUGUCAAAGAGAAAAUCUCCAUGUUCUGUCAUGUAGAACCUGAACAGGUAAGACCUGAUCCUACAGUCAUACGCUAGGAUGGCACACGACACUGGCUCAAUAAAUCUUCAAGGAAAGAUGAAUAAAGAAGCACCACUGAAUCCUCUAGUUGUGACUGAGUGUGUGCUCUCCCCUCCUCCCCCAGGUGAUCUGCGUGGCAGAUGUGUCGUCCAUCUACAGAGUGCCUCUGCUACUGGAGAACCAGGGGGUGGUGGGCUACUUCUGUCAGAGACUAGACCUUCCUAUAGAGACACGCCCCAGGAAGAUGCUCACCAAGUGGAAGGAGAUGUCUGACAGGUGGGUGUGUCUGACAGGUGUGUGGGCAGGCAGUCUCUGGGACUGGUAGCACUCAAUUAUUUAGACCAGGGCUCGGUUUCCCCAAAAAACCGGGCCCAGGGCUGUUCAUUGUCGGUCCUUCUAAUAAGGGACUAAUUCAGACCUGUAGAAACAAAAACAGUAGUGUGUCGACCCUCCAGGACCGGAAUUGAACAACCCUGAUUUAGACCCACCACGUUUGAGUUUGACCUCUGGAUAAAGAACUACAUAUCUGGAUGAGAACUACAGAGAUGUGUAAUUACGCUGUUUGGGUGCUCUGCCUAUUCACCUGUUGUAUUGCAGCACUAUGGCGUGACCUGUAUUCAGAUUAUUGGUGCUUUAAACCAACUGGGAACUCUUGGGGGAAAAAACGAGGUCAAAUCAUGACGUUCCCAGUUGUCUUGAACGCACUGAAGUCGGAGAUUUCAGAGUUCUCAGUUUUAAACGCGGCAUAUAACUUUGCCUAUGGUGUGUGUUUGAAUCCCAGGUCAGACAGGCUCCUAGAGCAGUGUUCUAUAGCCCUGGUGGGGAAAUACACCAAGUUCACAGACUCCUACGCGUCAGUCAUCAAAGCUCUAGAACACUCUGCCUUAGCCAUCAGCCACAAACUGGAGAUCAAGGUAAAAUGCACACAGCCAUGCUAAAACACAUGUACAAACUACACACUUGGAAAGGCACUACUGGCCGGUUUCCUGGACAUAAACUCAGCAAAAAAAGAAACGUCCCUUUUUCAGGACCCUGUCUUUCAAAGAUAAUUCGUUAAAAAAAAAAUGAAAUAACUUCACAGAUCUUCAUUGUAAAGUGUUUAAACACUGUUUCCCAUGCUUGUUCAAUGAGCCGUAAACAAUUAAUGAACAUGCACCUGUGGAACGGUCGUUAAGACACUAACAGCUUACAGACUGUAGACAAUUUAAGGUCACAGUUAUGAAAACUAAAGAGGCCUUUCUACUGACUCUGAAAAACACCAAAAGAAAGAUGUCCCUGCUCAUCUGCGUGAAUGUGCCUUAGGCAUGCUGCAAGGAGGCAUGAGGACUGCAGAUGUGGCCAGGGCAAUAAAUUGCGAUGUCUGUACUGUGAGACGCCUAAGACAGCGCUGCAGGGAGACAGGACGGACAGCUGAUCGUCCUCGCAGUGGCAGAUCACGUGUAACAACACCUGCACAGGAUCGGUACAUCCAAACAUCACACCUGCGGGACAGGUACAGGAUGGCAACAACAACUGCCCGAGUUACACCAGGAACGCACAAUCCCUCCAUCAGUGCUCAGACUGUCCGCAAUAGGCUGAGAGAGGCUGGACUGAGGGCUUGUAGGCCUGUUGUAAGGCAGGUCCUCACCAGACAUCACCGACAACAACGUCGCCUAUGGGCACACACCCACCGUCGCUGGACCAGACAGGACUGGCAAAAAGUGCACUUCACUGACGAGUCGCGGUUUUGUCUCACCACGAGUGAUGGUCGGAUUCGCGUUUAUCGUCGAAGGAAUGAGCGUUACACCGAGGCCAGUACUCUGGAGCGGGAUCGAUUUGGAGGUGGAGGGUCCGUAAUGGUCUGUGGCGGUGUGUCACAGCAUCAUCGGACUGAGCUUGUUGUCAUUGCAGGCAAUCUCAACGCUGUGCGUUACAGGGAAGACAUCCUCCUCCCUCAUUUGGUACCCUUCCUGCAGGCUCAUCCUGACAUGACCCUCCAGCAUGACAAUGCCACCAGCCAUACUGCUCGUUCUGUGCAUGAUUUCCUGCAAGACAGGAAUGUCAGUGUUCUGCCAUGGCCAGCGAAGAGCCCGGAUCUCAAUCCCAUUGAGCACGUCUGGGACCUGUUGGAUCGGAGGGUGAGGGCUAGGGCCAUUUCCCCCCAGAAAUGUCCGGGAACUUGCAGGUGCCUUGGUGGAAGAGUGGGGUAACAUCUCACAGCAAGAACUGGGAAAUCUGGUGCAGUCCAUGAGGAGGAGAUGCACUGCAGUACUUAAUGCAGCUGGUGGCCACACCAGAUACUGACUGUUACUCUUUGUUCAGAGACACAUUAUUCCAUUUCUGUUAGUCACAUGUAUGUGGAACUUGUUCAGUUUAUGUCUGUUGUUGAAUCUUGUUAUGUUCAUACAAAUAUUUACACAAGUUAAGUUUGCUGAAAAUAAACACGACAGUGAGAGGACGUUUCUUUUUUUGCUGAGUUUAUAAUAAGACUAGUCCUGGACUAAAACACACUUUCAAUGUAGAAAACGCAUUCUAGUCCAGGAUUAUGCUUAAUCGGUGUCUGGGAAACCAGCCCUAUAACCACAAUUACCUUGAAGAUGCACUGCCAUUCACAGGUUUUCUCUUUAGUUUAUUACACAGCAAGGCUAAGUUAUACUGUUCCUCUGGCUUGGAUGUCCUCAUGAAUAGGUUUUAUUUUGAAGAAGGUGGAAGAAGAUUGCUGCUAUAAAGUGUGAUUGUAUGUUUAAGUCUUACUUGUUUGUGCAGUCAUGUCAUAGCUAUACUGAACAAAAAUAUAAAACGCAACAUGUGAAGUGUUGGUCCCAUUUUUCAUGAGCUGAAAUAAAAGAUCACAGAAAUGUUCCAUACUCACAAAAAGCUUAUUGCUCACAUUUUGUGCACAAAUUUGUUUACAUCCCUGUUAGUGAGCAUUUCUCCUUUGCCAAGAUAAUCCAUCCACCUGACAGGUGUGGCAUUUCAAGAAGCUGAUUAAAAAGCAUGAUCAUUACAUAGGUGUAUCUUGUGCUGGGUACAAUAAAAGGCCACUCUAAAAUGUGCAGUUUUGUCACAACACAAUGCCACAGAUGAGUCAAGUUUUUAGGGAGCAUGCAAUUGGUAUGCUGACUGCAGGAAUGUCCAACAGAGCUGUUGCCAAAGAAUUGAAUGUUAAUUUCUCUACCAUAAGCCGCCUCCGUCAUUUUAGAGAAUUUGGCAGUACAUCCAACCGGCCACAUAUCUGCAGACCACAUCAGCCCAGGACCUCCUCAUCCAGCUUCUUCACCUGCGGGAUCGAGGGGCCGUUUUUUAAUAAAGCCGUUUUGUGGGGAAAAACUCAUUCUGAUUGGCUUAGCCUGGCUCCCCAGUGGGUGGCCCUAUGCCCUCCCAAGCCCACACAUGGCUGUGCCCCUGCCCAGUCAUGUGAAAUCCAUAGAUUAGGGCCUAAUGAAUUUUAUUUAAAUUGACUGAUUUUCCUUCUAUGAACUGUAACUGUAAAAUCGUUGAAAUUGUUGCAUGUUGCGUUUUUAUAUUUUUGAUCAGUAUGGGAUAAGAUGCGUCCGAUCGUGUCAUGAGAUGCCUAAAAUGGCAACCUGUUCUCACAUCUCCCCCUCCCCUCAUCUAUCUCUUUCUCAGUAUAUUGACUCGGCAGACCUGGAGCCAAACACACUGAAGGAGGAGCCUGUGAAGUACCACGAGGCGUGGCAAAAACUCUGCAGUGCUGAGUGAGUAUGGUAGGGUCAGGGGGUGGAAGGUCUAGUGGUGGGAUGGCACCUGUUAUGGUAUUGUUUUCCAAUCCUCUUCUUGUAGCUGUAGCUAGUUCUACUUAUUUUAUGUAUGGGAGUCCAGUACCAGCACAGCGGAUUCAUCCAGUUGAAUCGGGUAUGCCUGAACUUAAACACAUCGUGGAAGUGGCUGGGGGGACGCAAGGAGAGUUUUGGGAAACACUGAGAUAUGGCAUCAGUUGGACUGGUAGUGAACAGGGUCAGUAUUGUGACUAUGUUCAUGAUGGUGUUUCCCUCUCUCCACAGUGGCAUUCUGGUUCCUGGAGGGUUUGGAGUCAGAGGGACCGAGGGGAAGAUGCACGCCAUCAACUGGGCACGCAAACAGAAGAAACCCUUCCUAGGUACAGAAUGAGCUGUAUCGGUGGCAGGCAGCCAUGAUGAUGCAAUAAUCUUUACAUCAAGGAACAAAUUACACCUAAGGAUGGAAUUAAAGCUUUCUAUUCACACUCCUUCAUGUAUGUGCAGUGUUAACCUGACUCGUAUGUGUUUACAGGUGUGUGUCUAGGGAUGCAGCUGGCUGUGUGUGAAUUUGCCAGGAACGUGCUAGAAUGGGAAGAUGCCAACUCUACAGAGUUUGAUCCAGAAUCAAAGCAUCCUGUUGUAGGUUCCACCUUAAUAAGAUCUCCCCUCCCCUUUACUGGUCGUGAAGGCCAACAAACAGAAAUCUGAUUCCUUACUGGUUCUUUCUAGGUGAUUGACAUGCCAGAACACAAUCCUGGGCAGAUGGGCGGGACCAUGAGGCUGGGAAAGAGACGGACCAUUUUCAAGACCACCAACAGUAUACUAAGUAAGAGACCAAACUUUGAGAGUAAUGCCACUGUGUCAUAAUCACACCAUAUACCUGCUCUGUGCUUAUAGUUGUUUCAUUGCAGGAAGACUUUACGGAGAUCCUGAGUAUGUGGAUGAGAGACACAGACAUCGCUUUGAGGUUUGUCAGAGGUUCACAUCACUUUCUCUCUAUAAAUCCUUUCUACGUGUCACUAGUGUGCUUACCAUGUGUUUCCUGUUCCUGUCUCAGGUGAACCCAGAGCUGAAGGAGCACUUUGAGGGGAAAGGCUUUCACUUCGUGGGUCAAGACGUAGAAGGAGAGAGAAUGGAAGUCAUUGAGCUAGACGGUAAGGGAGUGUCCGGGAUCAUGUGUGUGAGUGGACAAAAUAUUAGCGCUACAUUGUUGUUGGCCUGGUUUGCUCGUGCCUUUAUACUCACACCUCACAUUAACUACAGCUCUUAACCCCCAUCUUUUCUUAUCUGCUUUAUUUCCAGAUCAUCCGUAUUUCGUAGGGGUGCAGUAUCAUCCUGAGUUCACCUCUCGCCCCAUCAAACCAUCGCCUCCCUACUUUGGCCUCCUGCUGGCAUCAGCCGGGAAACUACAAAGCUACCUACAGAAGGGCUGCCGUCUGUCUCCACGGUAACCACCGAACAUUCCCUUAGAAUUAGUAUGAUUCCAAAUUCCAUACACGUAUCAAUGAAUCUUAAAACGGAAAGACUGCAACCAUGCUGGCAAUGAAUGGACAGGCAUAGUUACGAGAACUGCCUCAAUUUAAUAUUGUACUGUGGAACUUAAACAUUUUAUAGUAACAGUAUGCCGUUCUAAUACAUAGCGUUGGAGGUUGUGUGUGUAUACACUACCGGUCAAAAGUUUGGACACACCUACUCAUUCAAGGGUUUUUCUUAAUUUUUACUAUUUUUUACAUUGUAGAAUAAUAGUGAAGACAUCAAAGCUAUGAAAUAACACAUGGAAUCAUGUAGUAACCAAAAAAGUGUUAAACAAAUGUAAAUAUAUUUUAUAUUUGAGAUUCUUCAAAAAGCCACCCUUUGCACACUCUUGGCAUUCUAUCAACCAGCUUCAUUACAUUUUAGUCAUUUAGCAGACGCUCUUAUCCAGAGCGACUUAGUUAGUGAAUGCAUACAUUUUUCAUAAUGGCCCCCCGUGGGAAUCGAACCCACAACCCUGGCGUUGCAAGCGCCAUGAUCUACCAACUGAGCUACAGGAGGGCCAUGAGGUAGUCACCUGGAAUACAUUUCAAUUAACAGGUGUGCCUUCUUCAAAGUUAAUUUGUGGAAUUUCUUUCCUUCUUAAUGCGUUUGAGCCAAUCAGUUGUGUUGUGACAAGGUAUGGGGGGUAUACAGAAGAUAGCCCUAUUUGGUAAAAGACCAUGUCCAUAUUAUGGCAAGAAUAGCUUAAAUAAGCAAAGCGAAACGACGGUCAGUCAAUACGGAAAACGUCAAGGACUUUGAAAGUUCCUUCAAGUGCAGUCGCAAAAACCAUCCAAGCGCUAUGAUGAAACUGGCUCUCAUGAGGACCGCCACAGGAAUGGAAGACCCAGAGUUACCUCUGCUGCAGAGGAUAAGUUCAUUAAUGUUACCAGCCUCAGAAAUUGCAGCCCAAAUAAAUGCUUCACAGAGUUCAAGUAACAGACACAUCUCAACAUCAACUGUUCAGAGGGGACUGUGUGAAUCAGGCCUUCAUGGUCAAAUUGCUGCAAAGAAACCGCUACUAAAGGACACCAAUAAGAAGAGUCCUGCUUGGGCCAAGAAACACAAGCAAUGGACAUUUAGACCAUUGCUUGAGUCCAAAUUCGAGAUGUUUGGGUCCAACCGCUGUGUCUUUGUGAGACGCGGUGUGGGUGUUAUGGUGCUUUGCAGGUGACACUGUCUGAUUUAUUUAGAAGUCAAGGCACACUUAACCAGCAUGGCUACCACAGCAUUCUGCAGCGAUACGCCAUCCCAUCUGGUUUGGGCUUAGUGGGAAGAUCAUGUUUUCCAACACACCUCCAGGCUGUGAAAGGGCUAUUUUACCAAGGAGAGUGAUGGGAGUGCUGAAUCAGAUUACCUGGCCUACACAAUCCCCAGACAUCAACCCAAUUGAGAUGGUUUGGGAUGAGUUGGACGGCAGAGUGAAGGAAAAGCAGCCAACAAGAGCUCAGCAUGUGGGAGCUCCUUCAAGAUUGUUGGAAAAGCAUUCCAGGUGAAGCUAGUUGAGAGAAUGCCAAGAGUGCCUAUUUGAAGAAUCUCAUUUUGAUUUGUUUAACACUUUUUUUUGGUUACUGCAUAGUUCGUCUUCACUAUUAUUCUACAAUAUAGAAAAUAGCAAAAAUAAACACUUGAAUAAGUAGGUGUCCAAACUUUUGACUGGUAGUAUGUGUAACAAGUCUGAAUCCCAUUUCUCUCCCUAGGGACACGUACAGUGAUCGGAGCGGCAGCAGCACCCCAGACUCUGAAAUAGCUGAGCCCUACAUCUCACAGGAUUGAAUGUGACAGGUAGGCAACGACACUACAAACACUUUCAUUCUUUGACUUUUUUAAAGCCUGGAAUUCAAACUGAUAUGCUGGUAAAACGGAGCAUGUCAGUAUGGUUUCUAGGCUACCAAACUUCAUUAGCCAUAAUUUGCUGGAACCAUGUAUCUGCCCACAAACAUUAUUUCUUGCAGAGGGAAACGAACAAUGAAGAGCUGAAAGAGGAAACAUUUUUAAUGGAGGAUCAUCACAAAAGGGCUAAAUGAGUUUUAAGACAUGUUUCCUGACCUCCCUGAACAGUAUUGUUAGUAUUGUUCUAUGCUCUUGCCAAAAGGUAGGCAGCCAUCAAAUGUAACUGUCAUUAUGGGUCAAACAGGCCUCAGAAGUCGUUACAUGCAGUAGUAACCUGUAGCUCAGUUGGUAGAGCA